UAUUAUUACCUCGACUCUUUGUGCAUGAUUCAAGUCGCACCGGAGCAUAGGAGCUCCACGUUCUUAUUCCGCUCCUUUGUUUUAGCAGGGAACUAUGAAGUUCAAUACGCCGCUUCCACAGACGCUACCCAAAGAGUGUGCUAAGGCAGCAAAGAUUUUUUCGUCAUUCGUGGACAACAAGAAUAAUGGUCUUGAUGGUGUCAUUCCUCGGAGUGUAGUAGAGAACGCCAAAGGAUUUGCCAUCUUCACUGUUUUCAAAGCAGGCUUCCUCUUCUCAGCAAGAGCGGGGACGGGAAUCGUCAUAGCGAAGCUAGAUGACGGAUCAUGGUCUGCUCCAAGUGGCAUAGGCUCAGCUGGCCUAGGGGUUGGUGGACAGCUCGGUGCGGAGAUGACGGAUUUCUUGAUUAUCCUUAAUUCAACUUCGGCUGUUAGAUCCUUCAUGUCUGCUGGUAAUAUCACUUUGGGAGGCAACGUGAGUGUCGCAGUAGGCCCUCUCGGGCGGAAUGGUGAAGCGAUCGGAUCCUUGAAUUCAAGCGGCAAAGUUGCUGCCAUGUACAGCUAUUCUAAAACGCGAGGCUUAUUUGGUGGAGUUUCCAUUGAGGGCUCUGUCAUCGUUGAACGUCAGGAUGCAAAUACGUUGGCUUACAAACAAGACGUGACUGCGAAAAUGCUUCUCAGUGGAGCAGUCCCUUGUCCAGAGUGGGCUUCUGCUCUUGUGAAGACACUCGAAUCAUGCACCGGUUUGCCAGGAACUCGGAAGUGGGUCGACGACGUAACACGGGAACAGUCUGGUUACGCCUUUGCGAGCCCAAAGAGCGAAGGCAGUACGCCUUCCUUCUUGACCAAGAAGAAGAAAGGAGUUGAUUUCCCCCCAGAACACUGGGGAAGGAAAAGAGAAUCUGGAUCAUAUUUUACUAGCGGGGGAGCGGACGUCGACGCUGGCCCUAUUCCAUGGGAUGACCACGAUCGCGCCCCACAGCCAGGGUCUGGUUUUGACACAAAGUUCGAAUCAGAUCUUGCGCCUUCCUUGCAAAGUCGGCAUCGACCUUUUAAUAGUGUCUCUGCGCCACCAGGCGUAAAGGACUCGUAUGACCCCGCAUCACCAUUCAACUCUCUACCGCCGUUUAGCUCUGCGCACUCGGGCUUAAGCGACAAAAACAACGCUCAUUCACGCACAAUGAGCGUGCCAUCGACCAAGCAACCUUCUAAUCGGUUCUCCUUGGCGGAUUAUACGAACCCAUUUGUUUCCACCCCACCUCCGGAAGACAAUUUCUUCGAAUCUGACAAUCAGACGAGCUAUCGCGCGGCACCUUUCAAUAAACCUAAAUCAGACUUAACAUCACCUCUUGCUCUUGGUGAGGGCAUCUGUCGUGCGAUAGCACUAUACGAUUUCAACGCGGCUGAGGCUGGUGACCUUUCUCUUUCUAAAGGGGAUGUCAUCAUUAUAACAAAGAAGAGUGACAGUACCGAUGACUGGUGGACCGGAAAAGUUGGCGGCAAGGAGGGAAUAUUUCCGGCCAAUUUUGUGGAAACUUUAUGAAUACUAUGGCGCAUUUCCAUUUAUCAAGGAUCUUUUUUAUGUAUUGAAUUUCUCGCUUGUACACUUAGACCAUUGUCAACUGUAUUUGUUGCAAUAUUACGUGGAUUCCGGAAUGUGA